CGCAAACAGGCACUCAAGCCAUCAUGCUUCCAAAGACUCGAAAGCUCGUGUUCUACGUUCAUUCUAGAAGGCUGAGCAGUGAGGGAGCCUAACUAUGUUUGAGCCCACGAUGUUCUUUCUAAAUACUUUGCUGCCAGCCAGGUAUAUAAAGGAGCCAAGAAUCAUGGUAGAGACAGAUCAAUACUACAAGCAAUCACACAGAUACACCAACACAUUACAAGUCUGCAUCCUAACUUCAGUCACUUCGGAAGUCAAUUUCAUACUCUUCUCUUCCUUCAAGAUACCUCCAUAAACAUACUCAUCGAUCAAAAACCACCAAAAUGGACGCAGCAUCCUCAACAUCCGCGGAUCUCGCAACCACUGCCUACCUAUCCGCCUCAUCAACCCCAACACCCGAUGCAGCCGUCAUCGCAUCCUCUUUCAGCUGGCUCUCAAUCAAAGAGGUCUUCGUGAUAGUAGUCCUCUACAUGUGGUACAUGUUUCUCUUCCUAGCCUGCGGUGUAGUCAUCAUCGGUGGCAUCUACCUCGUGUGCAUGGGUGUCUUGGUUCUCUUUGGAGUCGUAUGCGAACACGGUCCCAAACUCUACUCGAAAUCGAAAGAACGGCUGGAAAAGUAUCGGAAGUCCUCGAUGGAGACAGAUAUCGAGGGACAGAACGCUGGGGGAGUAACGAGUCAGAGCGAUGACCCCCAAACGAGUGGCGUUGAAAAUGGAGAGGGGAGUAAGGCCGAGGCGAAACUUGGAAGUGAAUCUGUAUAAAGUGGUGAUGCGUCUGCUUUGAUAUUACUCUACAAUUGUUUCUCUUUCAUUUCUUUAAGUUUCUUUUCAACUUAACUCUAGCCUUGCUUCGAGCGAAUCCAGCAACUGUACAAUUAGCUUGCUCUUUCCUUCUCUUGUCUAGAUACCUCUGCCGGAGCAGCGGUUUUCCAUCCUGGCUAGGGAAGAUGUGAUUUCAGGAAACAUAGACUAUAGACGGAAGGCGUUUGGGAGAAGAGCGGAUUUGCCAUUUUGUAGUACAGUCCUCGGCAUGGGGAUCAUAGAAGUAUAUGCCAUAACUGGCUCAAACAAGAAAAUAUAUCAGAGUUUGAGAA